GGCUGCCGGCGGGUUAGCGGAGUCCGCGCGGAAAUCUGAGAGCUCCACUCUUGAAGAGAUGACGUGUAACAGUCCAGAUAACUCUGAAGCUUGUGCCACUCUAGAUUGUGACCAUGACCAAGAGAUGGCUGAAGAGUACUCCAGACUGAGGACUUUUGCCAACUUUCCAAAUUGUUGUCCUAUUUCAGCAUCAACACUAGCACGAGCUGGCUUCUUUUAUACAGGAGAGGGAGACAAAGUGAAGUGCUUCAGCUGUCAUGCAACUAUUGAAGGGUGGGAGCAUGGAGACUCAGCAGUUGGAAGACAUAGAAAAAUUUCCCCAAAAUGCAAAUUUAUUGCUCGAUUUAAUUUUUUAAAAAAAGAUAUGCAUCCUGUUCUCCAAAACUGUCAAUGCAGAGUUGAAAAUUGUUCCGGAAAUUCAACCCUCCAGUGCUCUUUUGACAGAUCAUCUGAUCUCAAUCCAGAUUACCUUUUGAGAACUGGGCAGGUUGUGGACAUGUCAGAUAGUAUGUACCCCAGGAACCCUGCUAUGUGCAGUGAAGAAGCUAGGUUAAAGUCUUUUCACAACUGGCCAGCCUAUGCUCCAUUAACACCGAAGGAGUUAGCCAGUGCUGGGCUGUAUUACUCAGGUGUUGAUGAUCAAGUGGAGUGCUUUUGUUGUGGUGGAAAACUGAAAAACUGGGAACCUUUUGAUCGAGCUUGGUCAGAACAUAAGAGGCAUUUUCCUAGGUGCUUUUUUGUCCUGGGCCAUGAUGUUGGAAAUGUUGGAAGUGUCCCAAAUGAAUCUAAUUUUGCUGAGGUUUGCAGGAGUGGCUUAAACAAUGCAGAUCACCCAAGAAAUCCAUCUAUGGCAGAAUAUGAAGCACGGAUCAAGACAUUUGUGACUUGGAGAUACUCAGUUGUUAAAGAGCGACUUGCUGAAGCUGGGUUCUAUAGUAUAGGUAAUGGUGAUCAUGUUUUGUGCUUUCACUGUGGUGGAGGACUGCAAGAGUGGCAGCAGAAUGAAGACCCUUGGGAGCAACAUGCUAAAUGGUUUCCAGGAUGUAAAUAUCUACUACAAGAGAAGGGACAAGAAUUUGUAAACAGUGUUCAGUUAACGCCUUUAUCGAGGGAUUCCACAGUAAAAUCUUCUGAGAAGACAUCGCUACUUAUAGAUGAUGAUCUCCUACAAAACCAGUUGGUACAGGAUGCCAUGCGUAUGGGUUUCAGUUUGUCUGAGAUUAAGAACAUUAUGGAGAAGAAACUGCAGACAUAUGGAGAAAACUAUACAUCUGUUGAGGUUCUAGUUUCAGAUAUAAUACAUGCUCAAAAAGAAAACGUACAGGAAGAAGUAUCCAGUGAGAGCUCACUACCGAAAGAUCUGAGUACUGAAGAGAAGUUAAAACGUUUACAGGAGGAAAAGAUGUGUAAAAUCUGUAUGGAUAAAGACAUCUCAGUUGUUUUUAUUCCCUGUGGCCAUCUGGUUGCUUGUAAAGAAUGUGCUGAAGCAGUUGAUAAAUGCCCUGUGUGUUGCAUGGUUAUUACAAAAAGACAGAAAAUAUUUAUGUAUUAGUCAUAUGUACAGUGCUGUUUGUGCAAAUGUUUGCUGUUACAUUGUUUAAAAUCACUGUAAUGCAAUAACA